GGAGUUGAGGCCCGGCCCGGCGAAGCGCUAGGGGAGUCUUGUGGCCACCGCGGGAGAAGACUGAAGAGCCGGCGUCCGCGGGCCGGGCCUGCCCGCAGCUUCCUGCCUGCUCUCGCGCCUCCCGCAUGGUGCGGGCUGCUAGCUGAGCGGCGGCGAGGCGUGGCGGACGCGUCGCCUGGCGUCCAGGUUUCCAGUCGCCGCCGCCUCUUCCUGCGGCGCCCGUGCGUGGCCGGCUCGGCGGGCGGGAUGGCGGUCGCGGCCCGGGGAAGCGGCUGCUCUUCGGCGCCUCAGCUUCUUGUGCUCCUCUUGGUUCCGCUGCUCUGGGCUCCGGCAGGGGCCCGGGCCGGCUCCGACGCAGACCUUAGCCACCGGAACGACAACCCCCCGGCGCCCGCCCAGCAGCUGCAGGCGCAGCCUGUAGCCGUGCAGGGACCCGAGCCGGCCCGGGCGGAGAAAGGAUUUACACCAGCUGCCCCAAUUCAUGCCAAUAAAGAAGAUCCAGCUACUCAAACUAAUUUAGGAUUUAUUCAUGCGUUUGUCGCAGCCAUAUCCGUCAUCAUUGUAUCUGAACUGGGUGACAAGACAUUUUUCAUAGCAGCCAUCAUGGCCAUGCGCUAUAACCGGCUGACUGUGCUGGCUGGUGCCAUGCUGGCCUUGGCCCUCAUGACGUGCUUGUCAGUUUUGUUCGGCUAUGCCACCACAGUCAUCCCCAGGGUGUAUACAUACUAUGUUUCAACUGCAUUAUUUGCCAUUUUUGGCAUUAGAAUGCUUCGAGAAGGCUUAAAGAUGAGUCCAGAUGAGGGUCAAGAGGAAUUGGAAGAAGUUCAAGCAGAAUUAAAGAAGAAAGAUGAAGAAUUUCAACGAACCAAACUCCUAAAUGGCCCAGGAGAUGUUGAAGUGGGGGCAAGCACAACGAUACCUCAGAAAAAGUGGCUGCAUUUUAUUUCACCAAUUUUUGUUCAAGCUCUUACAUUAACUUUCUUAGCAGAAUGGGGAGAUCGCUCUCAACUCACAACAAUUGUUUUGGCAGCUAGAGAGGAUCCUUGUGGUGUAGCUGUGGGUGGAACAGUGGGGCACUGCUUAUGCACUGGAUUGGCAGUAAUUGGAGGAAGAAUGAUAGCACAGAAAAUCUCUGUCAGAACUGUGACAAUCAUAGGAGGCAUCGUCUUUUUGGCAUUUGCGUUUUCUGCACUAUUUAUAAGUCCUGAUUCUGGUUUUUAACAAUUUGUUCAUCUGUAUUUAGUAUAAGAUAGUAGCUUGCUGUACAUAGUGUAUACAACUAAAGAUAAUGGAAAAUACUGUAUUUUGUAGCACUGAUUUGUUUGACCCACUUAAUGAAAUUACUAUGUCCAAAAAAGAUGAUCAUUGAUUUUAUACACAGAACGGAUUUUUAAAAGAAACCUGACUUGUAAGUAUGGAUUUUUCUCCAAUGUAAUGAUGUUAACAUAUGGCCCCUUUUGUUUGGUGUAAUAUGGAACCAUGGUGCACUGGGGUCU